CCUUUAUCACCACGUGGUCCGCCUACCUCAUCCCCCCAUAGUUUUUUUUCUCUUCUCAUUUCUCAAAGACAAACACAAGCUCAAAGCUCUCUUUCUUCCUCCUCUCUACGCAGCGCCUUUAUUCUCAGGGGGGGCCGUGUUUUAAGUUUUCAUUUUUAUUUCUGCUAAGCAAUUCGUCGAACAGUUUGUAGGCUUCAUCGCUGUUUUGAGUUUUUUUCCCUCCCAUGCACUCCUUCUUUUCCGGCGAUGUCGGUGUGGAGCUAUGGCGACUCCGGAUAACCGUUUUAGUCUCGAGUAGUUUCCCGGGAUGAAUGCGAGAGAGAUAAACUCACUGAGAGCUUAGCAGAACGGAAACAAAAAAAAAAAAAGCUUGACUUUUCUUCGCGAUUCUUCUCCGAGAAAUUAACGCUCCUCCUUUUGCAAUGGCUGACGCCAACACGAACGCGGCUGACGCCUCGUCAUCACGGGAAGACGGGGCGGUGAAGGCGGUGAACAAGCGGUAUGAAGGUCUGGUGGCGAUUCGUACCAAGGCAAUAAAGGGGAAAGGAGCUUGGUAUUGGACUCAUCUUGAGCCCAUUUUGAUUCGGAGCCCGGAAACUAACCUCCCAAAAGCUGUGAAGCUCAAGUGCAAUCUCUGCGACGCUGCGUUUUCGGCUUCGAACCCGUCGCGGACCGCCACGGAGCAUCUCAAGAGAGGCACGUGCCCGAAUUUCAGCGCGGUCUUGAGGCCCAUUUCUCAAUUGCCGCCUUUAACUUCUCCCACAUCGCAGAAUUACCGGAAGCGGAGCUCAAAGCAAGCCGGAGUGGCGUCUUCAAGUUCAUACCCCGUAGGGCUAGUGGAUUCUCCGCGUUUUUGUAAUGAAACAACGACUUAUUCAUCACCACAGACACAAACUCCGCUCCCUAUGACUCUGACUCACCAGCCGGUGGUGUUGUCCGGCGGAAAAGAGGAUUUGGGCGCGUUAGCAAUGCUGGAAGAUAGCGUGAAGAAGCUUAAAAGCCAGAGACCUUCGCCCGGUCCAUCUCUAAAAAAGGAACAGGUCGAUUCAGCUUUCAAUUUGCUAGCUGAGUGGUUCUACGAAUCCUGCGGCUCCGUUUCGUUCUCGUGCCUCGAGCAUCCAAAGUUCAAAGCUUUCUUGAACCAGGUGGGGUUACCCGCGGUCUCAAAGAAGGAAUUUUCCGGGGCUAAUCUUGAUUCCAAGUUUGAGCAAGCAAGAAUGGAGUCAGAAGCUAGAAUUAAGGAUGCUGCAUUUUUCCAGGUGGCUUCUGAUGGAUGGAAGAGUGGUAAUUGUGGGUAUGGGGAAGAUAGUGUUAUUAAGUUUAUGGUCAAUCUUCCAAAUGCCUCUCGGGUGUUUCAUAAGGCAGUGUACAAGGGUGGCUUAGUGCCAUCACAAUAUGCAGAGGAGGUUCUGUGGGAAACCAUAGAAGGGAUGUGUGGGAAUGCUGUUACCAGAUGUGUAGGAAUAGUUGCAGAUAGAUAUAAAGCCAAGGCAUUGAGGAAUUUAGAGAUACGCCACAGUUGGAUGGUCAAUUUAUCUUGUCUAUUUCAAGGGUUUAUGAGUUUGAUUAAAGAUUUUAGUAGGGAGCUUCCGGUUUUCAAAAUUGUAACAGAUAGUUGUAUCAAGAUUGCCAAUCUUUUCAAUAGCAAGUCUCAGGUAAGAAACCAUUUGCUCAAGUUUAGGUCUCAUGGGGUUGAGCUUGCUGGGUUGAUUAGAGUUCCUUCGCCUCGCUGUGAUAUGUCUAAAAACUUUGGCCCUUUUGUUGCUAUGUUAGAGGACGUGAGGAGCUAUGCUCGGAUACUGCAAUUAGUCGUCAUGGACGAUUCGUUCAAAACAGUGUGUUUGGAGAAUCCUGUUGCUCGAGAAGUUGCAGAGAUGGUGCAAGAUAUUGGGUUCUGGAAUAACGUGGAGGCUGUUCAUUCGCUAGUAAAGCUGAUCAUGGAGAUGGCUAAAGAAAUUGAGGCUGAGAGGCCAUUGAUCGGGCAAUGCCUUCCUCUCUGGGAGGCUUUGAGAUCAAAAAUAAAAGAUUGGUGUGCAAAAUUUAGCAUUGCUGAGGAACCGGUUGAAAAGAUAGUCGAGAGGCGGUACAAGAAAAAUUAUCACCCAGCAUGGUCAGCUGCAUUCGUACUUGAUCCAUUAUACUUGAUAAGAGAUGUGAGCGGGAAAUAUCUUCCACCGUUUAAAUGCUUGUCACAUGAGCAAGAAAAGGACGUGGACAAACUCAUAACACGGCUGGUCUCGAGGGAGGAAGCUCCUGUUGCAUUGAUGGAGCUUAUGAAAUGGAGAUCUGAAGGGUUGGACCCACUCUAUGCUCAGGCUGUUCAGGUGAAACAGCGGGAUCCAGUGACAGGCAGAAUGAAAGUCGCGAACCCUCAGAGCAGUAGACUUGUCUGGGAAACUUGCUUGAAAGAGUUUAAGUCACUGGGCAAAGUCGCUGUGAGGCUUCUCUUUCUUCACGCAACUUCGUGUGGGGUCAAGUGUAACUGGUCCUUCAUGAGAUGGAUUUGCCUGCAAGGCCACUCCCGAGCUGGCCUGGACAGAGCUCAGAGGAUGAUCUUUAUUGCAGCUCACGCAAAACUCGAGAGAGGUGACAUUUAUAGCGAAGAAGAGAAGGAUGCAGAAGUGUUUGCAACGGCUAGCGGUGAUGAUGACAUGCUCAAUGAAGUAUAUGUUGAUGCACCCUCAGUGUAAUUUUUAUUUUUUUUCUAUUUAAUUACAAUUUUUAAGUCGCUUAGAAAAUUGAUAUGUAGGUAAUUUUAUUCUUUACAUUCUCUUUCCUGCGUCCACUUAUUGCUUCUAGUAGAAGAUUUUGGAGAUAUCUUUUGUAGGAAAGGACAGGGAAUUGAGCAUUGUAUGCUAGGAACUUAAUAUAGACACUGAUUUCACGACCCAUUUGCAUGGGAAAAUCAGAGGUUCUUGGUUUGUAGGCAGGAAAUUCUUCUUGUUUGUAGAGAAAGUUUCAAGGGAAAUUAUUCGAAUACGAAGGCUUCUAUAACAGUAACAUUAGGAUGGCUCCCUGUUCAUAAUAAGUAAUGACUGGAAGGAUGGAAAUAUGGAUGGCAUGAAAGGGAUGGAAUGAAUUCUUGUUUGAUAUGAUACUACCUUUUCUCUGAAGUCAAGUCUCUUUGCAUAUGUUGGGUGCAUAGCAAACCGGAGAUUUAUCAAAUGAGUCAAUGUGGGUGCAAUCAAGAACCAAAUUUUUGUAGAUAGAAAAUCUGCUCUAGAGUGUCUCUGAUCAUGAGAUGAUAGAGCCCCACCCCACAGUUUCGAGCAGAUUUCUACGUGAGUUGUGGCCACAGAGAAUCAAGAUUGAAGGGAAGGGUUAUCUGCCUCUCUCUCUCUCUUUCUCUCUCUCUCUCUCUCACACACACACUCCCAUUUGGUGUUUAAUCUUUAGGUUUUGUAUCUGUAAAGCAAACUUCACCCUGAUUAUGCUACUUUAACUUGUUUUUGAAAAUCUUAUCUCUUACUUUUUCACGCAGGGAACUUCAUUUUUGGAAGGUUUACCCAAUGCCGAAAGAUGAAAUUUUGUAGUCAUUAGUUAAUUAGCUUUGAUUGCAGAAAGAUGCUUGAGCAAACCUUAAGCAAGGGAAGGCAAUCGGAAUCAUGAGUUACAUGUCAUUCCUGAAAGGACUUUUGCAACUAACUUGAACUUACCGUCCCAUUUCUGUAUUGUGUGGGGUUGAUUCUUAAUUUCUUACACCUCUUGUACACGCUGUUAUAGUAUUCUUACUCGUCGCACUGCUCAGGUGUACACCUUUCCCCGUUUUCUACACUUGCCAAUCAGUUCUAUGGACCUUAAACCCGUAAGGAGUGUAUGGUCUUGAGAAGUAGGUGCUGAUUAUCAAUGUUCUCGGGAUGAAAAUACUGAAAGGGGUGGUGAAAAAUAUUGGAGAGUGAUUGAAGGGCAGAGAAUGUACUUGCACUGCUCAUAAUGGGGUGGGCAGCUGGAAAAAUAUACGGGCCGAUGCUCUAACAGUCGGUAUGCAUAGCUCGAAUUGGUAGCGUGACAAAACGCAAUGGGAAUAAGUUCGGGUUUCAUUUCCUUGGAGCGGUUUUGGGUCGGUGAGUGUGCUUUUUUGUUCUCUCGGGUUAAAAAUCUCGUGGUUUUCUUGGGUGUAUUAACCUGGUAUUGUUGGCGCAAACGAUGAGGAUAAUAGAUAUCCAACUCAUGCUGACUACGUUGUACAAAUGGUCGAACAUGUUACGAUGCGAAAACAUGAUAAAUCUGGGAGGGUUUUUGGUUAUGUUUGGCAAUGCACUCAUUCUGCAUCAUAUCAGCCCUAUCUAGUGUGGUCCUCAGGCUGCUUUUGUGUACACCAGUACGUGUGGUCCUUAAAUCUGCUGUGUGUUUAUAUAAUUGUCAUUUGUUGAGUUU